ACCCUGGUCUCUGUCAUGAAGUGGAAAACCGUGUCCGCCAUCUUCCUCCUGGUGGUGCUGUACCUGAUAGUGGGUGCCACUGUCUUCAGGGCCCUGGAGAAGCCCUACGAGAGCGCCCAGAAGUACGCCAUCUUGAAGGAGAAGCUGGAGUUCUUGGCUCGUCACUCCUGCGUCAACUCCUCUGAGCUGGAGGAUCUUGUGAAGCAAGUGGUGUCUGCGAUGCGAGCCGGUGUGAACCCGUCCGGCACGCCCUCCAAUGACUCCAGCAUGUGGGACCUGGGCAGCUCCUUCUUUUUCGCUGGGACUGUCAUCACCACCAUUGGGUUUGGGAAUAUCUCCCCUCAUACAGAAGGCGGCAGGAUCUUCUGCAUCAUCUAUGCUCUGCUGGGAAUCCCUCUCUUCGGCUUCCUCUUGGCCGGAGUCGGGGACCAGCUGGGCACCAUCUUUGGCAAGGCCAUCGCCAAAGUCGAGAAAAUGUUUGUGAAGUGGAAUGUUAGCCAAACCAAGAUCCGUGUGAUCUCCACAGUCCUCUUCAUCCUGUUUGGCUGCUGUUUGUUUGUGGCGCUGCCGGCCGUCAUCUUCAAGCACAUAGAGGGCUGGAGCGCGCUGGAGUCCCUCUACUUCGUGGUCGUCACCCUCACCACCAUCGGCUUUGGGGACUUUGUGGCAGGCGGUUCAGAAAUCGAGUACCAGGACUUCUACAAGCCUGCGGUGUGGUUCUGGAUCCUGGUGGGUCUGGCCUACUUCGCGGCCGUGCUGAGCAUGAUCGGAGACUGGUUCCGAGUCAUCUCCAAGAAAACUAAAGAGGAGGUCGGCGAGUUCCGUGCGCAUGCCGCCGAGUGGACGGCCAACGUGUCGGCGGAGUUCAAGGAGACUCGGCGGCGCCUGAGCGUGGAGGUCUACGACAAGUUCCAGCGGGCCGCAUCCAUCAAGCGGAAGCUGUCGUCGGAGCUGGGCCUGAAUCCCUCGCCCUCGCAGGAAAUGACGCCUGGCCGCCGCACCCUGUCCGUCAACUUCACGGACGAGCGAGAGCGGCAACUGGUGGCCUCCCUCCCGCCCCUCACCAAGAACAGCAGCAGCCUGUACUUGAACGGCCUCAGCCAGGACUGCUUGGAGCGAGGGGAGAUAUCCAUCAUCGAACACCUCAAAUGA